UUAUUGGGCAAGUCCAUGCGGGGCGGUAGGGAGAGACCAUGUCCCGGGCCCGGGCUCCCGCCAGCUUUAGAAGCGCCACGAGUCGGCCGGGGCCCGGGGCUCGAGGAGUCCACGGCCUGGACCCGCCAGCCCCACCCCGGGAGCCGCGGCCGGUCCCCGGCGCUGCCGGACCCGCGGGGCCGCUCGGACUCCGUUCCCCGGCCGGCCCUUCGCUUUCACACGAUCCGCCGUGACUGCACCAGCUCGAGCGCCUUUAAAGGGCCACACACGCCAGCCGCCGCUAUAAAAUGUUCCCGGCGGCACAGCUGCAGAAGGGGCACCGCUGAGCUGCCGAGAGGAGGCCCGCUCCGCCCGGCUGCCCGCCCGCAGCCCGCCGGCGAGGGGUCGUCCCUGGCGAGGAGGCAGAGGGCUGAGGAAGGCACGGCACCCGCUCUGGCCCUCGCGCGACAGCUCCAGCUGGCAGCAUCACCUCCCACCAGUUUAUCCAACUUCUGCCAAGGCUCUGAAAUGCCAACUAUGUCAAGGCCUGCACUCGAUGUCAAGGGUGGCACCUCACCUGUGAAGGAGGAUGCCAACCAAGAGAUGAGCUCUCUGGCCUACUCUAACCUGGGGGUGAAAGAUCGCAAAGCAGUGGCCAUCCUGCACUACCCUGGGGUAGCCUCGAAUGGAACCAAGGCCAGUGGGGCUCCCACUAGUUCCUCGGGAUCUCCAUCUCCAGUAGGCUCUCCUACUGCCACCCCUUCCACUAAACCCCCACCCUUCAACCUGCACCCCGCCCCUCACCUGCUGGCCAGUAUGCAGCUGCAGAAGCUUAACAGCCAGUAUCAUGGGAUGGCCGCCGCCACUCCAGGCCAACCCGGGGAGGCAGGGCCACUGCAAAACUGGGGCUUUGGGGCUCAGGUGGGAGGGGCGGGGUCACUCUCUCCUUCUACCGGUGCCCAGAGCCCUGCUAUCAUCGAUUCAGACCCGGUGGAUGAGGAGGUGCUGAUGUCGCUGGUGGUAGAGCUGGGACUGGACCGAGCCAAUGAGCUUCCGGAGCUGUGGCUGGGGCAGAAUGAGUUUGACUUCACUGCGGACUUUCCAUCUGGCUGCUGAUGCCAACAGUCCCUUAAAGAUGGAGGAAUAAAGCCACCAAUUCUGUUGUAAAUAAAAAUAAAAGUUACUUACAAAGAGA